ACAAUCAUUAUACUUGGAUUCAACUAUAAAAUUUGUAGGUUUAUUGAUCCCAAAUACUGCCAUUGGCAUUCCAAGUAUGGAGCACCUGCCAUUGACCAUUUUGGAGCAACCAGAGGACAUUGGUUUCCAUAUGAUAAAAGUCAACACAACUACAGAAACAGAAAAGACCUUCCAUUGCCCAAAUGAGGGUUGCGUUGCAGCUUUUGGCUCAAGUGAGGAUUUAUCGAACCAUCUUCUUUUUGAAAAGUGUAACCUUGAAUUGGAACUAAGUUCAAGUUCCAUAGCAGAUCUUACAAAAAGAAAGUAUGUAACAAAAAUAUCUCAUUCAGAGAAUCUGAAUCUGAAGUUAUGUUUGACUGAAGACACAGAGACACAAGCAGCAGAUAGUGAAUUAAACUCUGGCUGGGCUUUGAAAGAUGAGAGACGCUCAAGGAGAUUUAAUGAAAAUCAGAGAGAUUUUUUAGUCCAAAAAUUUAACGUCGGACUUCAGACAGGAAAGAAAGAGGACCCUUUUAUUCUCUCUGAAUCCAUGAUGUAUGAAAGAAGGGCAGAUGGUACAAGGCGUUUUUCAUACGAUGAGAUACUGUCCAUGCAGCAAAUAACUUCCUUUUUCUCAAGAAUGAGCAAGAAAAACAAGAUGGCUGAAGCUGAAAAUUGGGAAGCCAAGAAGGAAACAGAAAUUAGUAAAAUAAGAGCAAAUAUUAUUGAUGAAUAAUUCACUAGACAUAAUCAGCAUUGCUAUUGUUGUAUUCAUAUUGUUGAUUCUUUUUAAUAGGAAAUGUACGCUGGGAUAAUAUGUGAUGAAUUUUGAAUAGUCACAUGUAGUAUAUAUUGGUAUGCUUUUAUUGUUCUACAAUUACAUGAUUGUAUAUUUCUGUUCAUAGGUAAUUAGUUAUGCUUUAUUGUACAUGUAAGAAGUAAAUAGAACUGGGAAUUAUUAUGUAUUUAUUUAUAGGAUAAAUACUUGAUGUUAUUCAUACUUAAAACACUUCAUUUAUCAAUUUUUGCAGUCAGUUUGCUAUCAAAAGUGAACAUGUGGUUCACGUUGUAAUUAACAUGUUUAUGUUUUAUUAUUGCACUCAUAUCAGCCCGAAUGUUGCAUGGUUUGACCCCUUGACAUUAAAUUUGGCUUUCUAGAAUCCAUUAAAAAAUGUUUAUCCCCUUUGUUUAAGCAAAAUGUGAAUGGAGUUAGUUUAAUACCAUUUAAGCAAGGGUGUAUUGCAUUUUAAAAUUUUUAAUAUGUUAAAAUGUAGAGCAUAACGUGAUUUUGCAGAACAGGAUGCGAUCCUCUGGCGCAGGUGAAACAUACUCGUAACAUCGCAAGUCACUGGCGUAGUUGAAAUAUACUCGUAAACUUGGCCUGCUGCAAAAUCUGAGCUUGCUUCUGCAGUAAAUAUGUUAAUGUAAAUGUUAAUGGGGAGGGUUUUAAUGUGUGUUUAUAUAUAGAUUUAAUUUUGCUUCUUUUGAACAGAUUUCAACCAUACAUGUAUCGUCAUGAGAGAUCAUAAAACUAAAAAAAAUUGUCAAAAGACUUUUUUGGGCAUUGUAUACUUGUAUAAACCCAAUGUACAUGCAGCUUUAUAUGUUGGUGAUAUUUGAAAUUCAAGAUUUUAUGCAGUUAUGAUUGGAAUCUUUAGGUUUAAGAAUGAUUAUAGUAGCCAAAUAGUUGAAAUGAUUGAUUAACAUCACAUGUAAUGUGAUUUGCAUUUGCUAUUGUGGUAAAAAAAAAAAAGUCAACAGUAAAAUUCUUCUA